AUGGGAAAUACAUCCAGCUUAUUAGAGAAAGAUGAUGGUGAAUUAACAUAUUUUGAUGACCUUGCGAAAGAAGAGAUAAUUGAAACAUGGGAAGAAAGUAGUAAGACAACUGAGUGUCACUCAGAAAUUAGAUCUCAUAAAAAAGUCCCGGAAAUUAAACUUGAUAUAGAACGUGGAGAACGUGAAAAAGUUCAACUUAAAGAUCUAAACAUUUAUGUGGAAAAAUUAAAAGUGAUUCAACGUAAUAUUGAUAUACUAUUUAGAAAUUGGAGAAAACCGAAUCACAAUUUGGAUAUUAAGUUUAGAGUUAUUAGAAAAAAUAUCAAGAAAUUUAACAAUUAUAAAUUCAUAGGUAGAAUUAUUACCUUUAUUGGAUGUGGCUUGUCAUUAAUCGGCCCAGUUGUUAGCAGUAUUUUAUCGUCGUAUGGCUAUUCUAAAGAAGCAAAUAUACUACUAUUGGUUAGUUCAGCAACAGGUGAAUUAUUAUCAUUAGUUGGUUCAAUUGUAGAAUAUUAUGCUUCUGAAAAAGAAAAACAAUUAGAACCGAAAAAGUUGGCAAAUUUUUACGAGACUUUGAAAAAAAAAGAAGUAAACGAUUCGCUUUCCGAUUUUCAACUAACACUUGAAAAUUUAGCAAAGAAAAAUGAUUUAAAAAUAGAAAUUCAUCCAAAAAAACUCACUCAGCGACAAAAUCAUAGUGAAACAUCUAGCAGAAUUUAUUCAAGCGAUACGUCUAGUGUAAACUCAGUAAUUGAUGAUGAAAUUUCUAUCGCAUCUCAAACAAACAGUGAGAAGGAAUAUUUCACAAGAGAAGUUGUUAAAAACUUUUUAAAUAAUUGGGAAAAUU